AUGCACGCCCUAUCCCUCCUAACCCUCCUCACAACCGCCCUCUUCGCCUUCACAUCCACCGCCUUGCACUUCCGCCUCCCCAAUGCAGCAGCAGCAGCACCCAACACCCGCGCCCUCUCAUUCUUGGCUACAGCUGCUGUAGCGGCUUGGUCUGUUCCUGGUGUGGUUGCUGCGCCUUCGCCUCAUGAUGGUGGAGGUGGAGGAGGUGGUGGAGGUGGUGGUGGUGGAGGAAAGGGUAAAGGCAAAGGAAAGGGCAAAGGAAAAAAAGGAAAAGGAAAGGGUAAGGGGAAGGGCAAGGGAAAAGAUAAAAUCUUGAUUGUUCUUACCGGUGGUGGUGGUGGUGGAGGUGGUGGAAACAAUGCUGCCGCUGGUGCGGGAGGAGGAAUGGGUGGGAUGAACGCGACGAAUGCGACUGAUGCUGGGGUGAUGGGUGCCGCGGCGCGCGAGAGGAGGAGGCGGAGCGGGAGGGGGAGGAGGGCGGGGAUCGUGGAUUUGGGGAGGUUUGUUGAGCGGGUGUGA